CAGGGAUGACUGACUGACAGCCAUUGCUGCCAUUCAGUUUUCUUGCUGAUGGUGGGAGUUGGGGGGACAGACCUCUGCAAUGUUAACCCUCUGUCACCCAACUCUCUGAAUGAGGCAUAGCUUACAGAUUGAAUUCCUGCCUCUCCUUCAGCUUCUCAGUGACAGUGAAGUAGCUGUUCAAGAGACAGAAGCAGCUCUUUCCUUUCGCUGCUGCGUCUGUAGCCAUGAGUAUGUCAGGAUGCAGAUGAGGCUUGCCUCUAGUGUCCUUUGCUAUAGUAAAAAGAAGGUCUGGUUAGACCCCAGUGAGACCAAUGAAACCACCAAUGCCAACUAUGGUCAGCAGAUCAGGAAGCUGAUCAAAGAUGGGCUGAUCAUCCAGAAACCUGUGACUGUCCAUUCCCGGGCUCACUGCUGGAAAAACACCUUGGCCCGACAGAAAGGCAGGCACAUGGGCGUAGGGAAGAGGAAGGGUAUUGCCAACGCUUGGAUGCCGGAGAAGGUGACCUGGAUGAGAAGAAUGAGGAUCCUGUGCUGGCCUCUCAGGAGAUACUGGGAAUCUAAGAAGAUUGACUGCCAUAUGUAUCACAGCCUGGACCUGAAGGUCAAAGGAAAUGUAUUAAAAAACAAGCAGAUUCUCACAGAUCAUAUACACAAGCUGAAGGCAGACAAGGCCCGCAAGAAACUCCUGGCUGACCAGGCUGAGGCUCCCAGGUCUAAGACCAAGGAAGCAAGAAAGCGCCAGGACAUUGGGGAUUUAGCUCAGUGGUAGAGCGCUUGCCUAGCAAGCACAAGGCCCUGGGUUCGGUCCCCAGCUCCGAAAAAAAAAAAAAAGAAAAGAAAAGAAAAGAAAAAAAGAAAGCGCCAGGACGAGUGCCUUCAGGCCGAGAAGGAAGACAUCAUCAAGAUGCUGUCCAAGGAGGAAGAGACCAAGAAAUAAAGCUCCCCUCAUGUCUGUACAUAGUGGCCUGGCUGUGGCCUCACAUGA